AUGACUUCUCACAAUGCAAGUCUGCGCCAAAGAGGUGGCAAGGAAAAGAAUAAGAUCACUGUUGACGAGGAUAGUGAUGAAAAACUCUUUGCCCAGGCCUAUGCGGACGUGCAAAACCAAACGUCCAUGCAAUGGGAUUACAAGCUGGCUCUGGGUGUGAUCACCCUGCUUGCCUUCGCUACUCGCUUCUUCGGGAUCAGCCAUCCCAAUGAGGUCGUCUUUGAUGAAGUCCACUUCGGCAAGUUCGCAUCCUACUACCUGAACAGAACCUACUUCUUCGACGUCCACCCCCCUUUCGCCAAACUCCUCUUCGCAUUCGUUGGCUGGCUGGUUGGGUACGAUGGCCACUUCCUCUUCGACAACAUCGGCGAAUCCUAUAUCUCCAAUAAUGUACCAUAUCUCGCAUUCCGAUCUCUUCCUGCGCUGCUUGGGGCUCUUACCGUGGUGGUGGUCUUCUUGAUCAUGUGGGAAUCAGGGUACUCUCUUCCAGCUUGUGUUCUUGCAGCAGGGCUUGUACUCUUUGAUAACUCACACGUUGGCCAAACCCGGCUGAUUCUUCUGGAUGCGACCCUUGUCUUUUUCAUGGCCUUGAGCAUCCUAACCUACAUUCGAUUCUACAAACAGCGACAUGAACCCUUUGGUCGCAAAUGGUGGAAGUGGCUUUUGUUGACUGGCUUCUGCAUGAGCUGUGUCAUUUCCACCAAAUACGUCGGAACAUUUACAUUCGUCACUAUUGGAUGUGCCGUACUUAUCGACCUCUGGGAUCUGCUGGACGUCAACCGAAAAGGCGGAGCGCUCGACUUGAUGACAUUCGGAAAGCACUUCGUUGCACGUGCUGUGGGAUUGAUCAUCAUUCCUUUCUUCUUCUAUCUGUUCUGGUUCCAAGUCCAUUUCGCCGUACUCACACGGUCUGGCCCCGGGGAUGACUUCAUGUCGCCGGAGUUCCAAGAGACCCUCAGCGAUAAUCUGAUGCACCAAGCAUCUAUUGAUAUCCAGUACGGCGACUAUAUUACCCUCCGACACAAGGAUACAAAAGUGUACUUGCACAGUCAUCCAGACAAAUACCCUCUUCGGUACGAAGAUGGUCGUAUCUCGAGUCAGGGACAACAGGUCACAGGCUAUCCAUUCAAUGACACCAACAACCAGUGGCAGAUCCUUCCUGGCACUGUACCCACUGAUUCGAGUAAGGAGGGACAGCCCGUCUUGAAUGGAGACGUGGUCAAGCUGCGACACAUUGUCACCGAUACGAUACUUCUUACACAUGACGUGGCAUCUCCGUACUACCCUACGAACCAAGAAUUUACCACAGUGCCUCUAGACCUGGCCGCUGGUGAUCGUCACAAUGACACCUUGUUCGAGAUUCGGAUGGAGCAAGGUAAACAGGGAAUGCCCUUCAAAUCCCACUCUGGUCAAUUCAAACUUAUCCACUUUCCGACCAAGGUGGCUAUGUGGACGCACACCACUCCUCUCCCAGAAUGGGCUUUCAAGCAGGCCGAGAUUAACGGCAACAAGAACGUCCAGCAAUCUAGCAACAUCUGGUACGUUGAUGACAUCCCGAGUCUACCAGAAGACUCUCCCAGACGGGUCAAGGAGCCAAAGAAAGUCAAGCGUUUGCCCUUCCUCACCAAGUAUAUCGAAUUGCAACGGGCGAUGUUCUACCAUAACAAUGCCUUGACAUCUAGCCACCCCUAUGCUUCUCAGCCUUACCAAUGGCCGUUCCUUCUCCGAGGUGUCAGCUUUUGGACUCAAGAGAGCACCAAGCAGCAGAUUUACUUCCUCGGAAAUCCCAUCGGAUACUGGAUUACCUCUGCUCUGCUUGCCGUGCUAGCCGGCAUCAUGGGAGCAGACCAACUAAGCCUGAGACGUGGAGUUGAUGCCCUCGACAGACGCACUCGUUCGCGCUUAUACAAUAGUACCGGCUUCUUCUUCCUCUGCUGGGCUGCGCACUAUUUCCCAUUCUACCUCAUGGGGCGCCAACUGUUCCUCCACCACUAUCUGCCUGCACACUUGGCUUCAUGCCUUGUCACUGGUGCCCUUGUCGAGUUCAUUUUCAAUGUCGAUCCUGUCCUUGACGAUGAAACCGCAUCCGCCAUCGCCGUGAAGAAGGACAAAGUCAUCAGCAAGGUACCUGACAAGACUCGACGGUCCUUCCAAACUGCCCAGGAGCGUUUCAAAGGCCAGAGUAUGUUCACCACGUGGGUUGCUACAGCAGUCGUACUGGCCGCGGUCAUUUACGGCUUCUACUUCUUCUUUCCCCUCACCUAUGGCUGGCCUGGGCUGAAUCCUCAGGAAGUCAAUGCGAGAAAGUGGCUCGGAUAUGAUCUGCACUUUGCCAAGUGA